AUGAGACGGCCAGCGGCGGACGCAUCGGCAGAGCACCGAAUAUUCGGCGUGGCGUUUUAUUCAUUUCUCUACCGCCGCAUCGUGGCUGUGCGUGUACCAACUACCUACCUGCAUACCAUUACAACUGCAGUACUGUUGGUAUACGGUAAUAGUAUCAUGAUUUUUCGUUAUGCGCGUGCAUAUGGUGAUUAUACAAAUAUAUGUGAGCGCGAGCGAUGCGAUGAUGAUGAUGAUGAUGAUGAUGAUGAUGAUGAUGAUGAAGACGAUGACGACGGCCAUGAUAAUUAUUAG